CUGCGAAUGCAAAACACGCAAUAUAAUUUGCGUAAACAUAAGUAGUUAUUUCUCGAUGAUGAGGAAUUGUUGUCAAAAACGUUAAGCAACACUGGAAUAAAGAAUUGAUCCUUGCAGUACUCCUCUCGUUUGUUUAUAUCUAGAAGAAUAAAUUCCGCUUUUGUGGCAAUAAAACUCUGUGUCCCCGGAGAAUUUCUAAACACACGCUACUGUACAUCCAGGACAACCAUAGCUAGGCUUUCAAAGGAUUCUAACAAAACAGCACGUUCCACAGUACCACGUGUUUUAAGAAUAUCUAGUAUCACUAGAGCAGCAUAUAUAUGCUUAUGAAGUUCAGUUCUUACCACGUGGGGUUCUUUAACGUGCACCUAAACAGAAGUACAUGAGUGUUUUUUUUUUUUUUUUUUCGUUCUCAUUGAAUUCCGCGACCUGGUUUGGACCCGUGAGCCCGAGUUCAGCAGCGCAACGCCAUAUCCACUAUGCAGCCACUAAUUGAGCUACCACGCCGGGUUUUUUUUUUUUAUUAUUUUAUUAUUAUUAUUUUUUUUUUUUUUUUACAGUGACGCUGUUAAUUUAAAGGCUAUUUCCUAUCGUGUCCGCGUGUAGAAAAAUAUUUCCAAAAUAGUACAAUGCCGGGCCGUCCUAGUGAUGAAAAACUAUAUGCGCAAAAAUACACUCCAGAGAUACAUACUACUUGAAGUACAAGAAAAGUAUUUGUUCUCCAAAAGGAACCGUACAAUAACAUAGUAGAAUGAAAGCCGACACUGCGGCCGCAGUCACCGAGCGGCAUUAAAAAUAAACAAAAUUAAAUAAAGAAGAGAAAGAAAGGCACCUAUUCCAAAGGUAUAAAUACAUGUCAUAUCCAAUUAUAAACACCAUUUGAGCGGUCUGAUCGUAAACAGCAGCGCGCGAAGCCCCCGCCGAGCAGAAUCGCCAACAGUUCCCAACGGAGCGACCUUGAUGCGGCCCAAUUCACUUCGAUCGCAGCGCCGCCGCAGUAUUUUUCGUCGUCGCGCGCCUCACUGCAAAGCAUGCGCCGCCCCAGCCGCUCGUCCCACUCAACCAUAUUCUAGUACACUCUAGUUAAAAUCUUUCUUCUAUCCUCUGUCUUGCAGUGGAAAAAAAAAGUUACGUGGCGUUUGCUUAGCAAUGGCGAAGACUGCCGUCAGGACUCCCGAGGAAGAAGCCGCUCGACAGGAGCGCCGCCGAGAAGCUGCUCGUCAGCGGAUGCGGCGACAGAGAUCCGAUCCUGAAGCGAGAGCUAGGGAAGUUGAAGCAAGGCGUCGCAAGAGGGGAGAAGACUCUGAAACUCGCGAACGCGGCCGAUUGAAUUCUGCGAGAUACUACGCAGAACACCGUGAAGAAGUUCUGAGCGAUAGCAAACGGAAGAGGCUGGACGAUCCUGGGUUGCGUGUGCUCAGGAACUUUCGCCAGAUGCAACGACUCGGGACUGACGGUGCUGGUGGGCUAUUUAAACCAUCGCAGGCAGGUGCCUUUCGGUAUCAGAGCGCGGACGAGUCGAAGGCAAAGAAACACCAUGCUCGAGCGGUGCAGGCAAAGCCUCGUGUGAGGCCAAUAGGCUUCUUGUUUGCUGUCCGACAUCGGUACACAAACAGACCGUUCGUGGUGCAGAUACGGAAGAGUGAGGAAAUGUCACCAGGGCUAUGUGAUGGAUCCCUGCGCCUCAUGAUCCUAAAUGAUGGCUUUACAUCUCGGAGUACUGCGGACGACCUUGAACUGCCUAAUUCUUGCCAGACUGGCAGGCAGGUGAGACAGCACCGACUGAAGCAUUUCCAAAACACCUAUCACCUUAAUGCAGGGGGUUCACUAUGUCCACCAAGCCGUUCCACGCUGUGCAACAGUCACUGUGCCAAAGAAACGAAAAUGCGAAUGUCUCUGCAUCAGGUGAAAGGCAGCUUCAGAGGUGCAAGUUACUUCACGUGCUGGCCAGCUGUAGGACAGCCAGGGAUGGCCAAAAAAAGAAAACUGAGACAACCUUGUAAUAAAGCAUCUGUUCUGCAUAAAAGUUUGGAAUUAUUUUUUGUCUAUCCAAACGUGUGGAUAAUCACAAGGCUGGGCCAGAUUCAUUCAAGGAAACUCUUGUUGGCAAAAGCGACACCCCAUUUCCUGAGCCACGUAAGUCGUCACAUAGAUUUUAGUAUACUUGCCGACAACUUUCUGUGGCAACGAAGAGAGUAGCAUCUGCUGACGUUUUUCCAAGUAGUUCGGCAAAGUUUGGCAGUGCCUUUUCAGGUACAGAAUCGGCGUAGCUUGCUACUUGCGACUGUUAUGCAUUUGCGAAAGUACGGAAGAGCAGAGCGGGAAGACAGAAUUCAGAUUUAACGCAGAGCGGUGCAUUUUGUAACUUUAAUAUUAAAGUAUACCAAGUGUUGUAGACAUUAAGCUGUUGGAUUUCUGUUCCACAGCUUAAACAGAUGUGAAUGAGACUGCGGGACUAUUUUCAGGAGCACUGUCGCACAGCGUUGGGCUCCGGCAGCAACUAAAGUCCCUUUAUGAGCUUUAAAAGCUAAGUACCGAAAACUUUUGCAGCGUCACCAAGGCAAUUUAUUGGACAGAGCCCACUUCCGGCUGGGAGCUGCUUCCGUCUGCCAUGUUCUUCCUGUGCCAGUCCAGCACACUUGUUUUCUUGCUUGUGCAGUUGUGUUGGCAACAGAUUUUCAGCAAAGGUGACUUCUGUAUAUCUGUCGCUGUUUGCUGGAUGUCAGCAUACCUUUCCGAACGAUUGUUGCUGCCUGCUGCUGCAAUGUUUCAUUGUUCACCUCAAGACAAUGGUUUACGCAUAUUAAAGGCACAGAUAGCACAACUGCAGGUGCAAUGCACAUUUCGAAAAGCCCAUCAUCAGUCUGAAUAGCGCUAACCAGAUUCGGCUAUGAAUGGCAAAUUUGGCUUUGUGAUUGUGGGUUCGUUCCUGAGCCCGAAUCAUGCGUAACCGUGCAAUGCGACAUCCUACUUAAAAUUGCUUAGUUGAGCAAUUGUUGAAUAUUUAAACAGCAAGAUACAGGAGAUUCGGUAGUGGUUUUAUUACAGUACAAAACAAAAGGAAAAGACGCUGCCGGCCGCGGCAGUUGCUAUCUGAGGUUUUGCGCACACAGCCCUAGAAAAAUAGCUGAUUGAAAUUUCUACAAGUCUGUUAGGAAUAUGUAUAGGUUAUAUGGGUCGUUCUAUGGGUCUGAUAUAUAUUCCUACCUGACCCAUGGAACUCUUUACCAGACUGGUACACAGCAGAUAGAUCUCGCUGUGCUGCCUACAAGACCAAAUAGGAUGAUGUAUCAGUCUUUUAAACCCAGAUAGAGAUCAUCACAUAACAUACAGAAAUAUAAUAGAGACACUGAUAAAGCAUGUUAGAAAUAGCACAAACACCGGUGCCGACAUGCUUGAAGAGCUAUUUUUAAAAUGAACUCAAUAUACAACCUCGAACACAUUGCCUGCCGCGUGAACAGAUUAACAAACACAGUUGGGUUAUUAGAGUAUCAAAUGAAAAUGAGCUGUAUAAACUGUGCAAUUAUCAAAACAUUUUACAGCUCGUAUGCAGAUAUAUUAUCCUAAACUUGUUUCAACGUAAAUUAAAGCACACGUUCUCAAAGCACAGCAGCCUUACUUAGUCUGUGAAACUACAUUGAGGAAGUUGCAUGAGAAAAGUAUCAAUCCAUUUUAGUAGCAGGUGUGCUCCAGUUGUUUAAUAAAAAUUUCAUUUACAAAUUUUGCGAGACAGAUGUGCAACAUUUAAUGCAUUUUCAAAACAGGAUUACUGUUGCAAUAAAGUUUAUUUACAAAGGCAAAACAAAGCACUUUCAAGACUGUGGAUACUAACUGCAGCUGUAACAUGUCAGGCUGAGUUUGUGAAUGCCAUAAAUUAGACACUACCGACGUGAUUUCAUUAAAACAUCUUUCUGGGCUUGGAAAAUUAUAACAGCGCUAACACAUGCAUCCACAAAGGAACAAGGACGAGACACAAGCGACAUGACUACCUACAUGACUAGGGUUUAUUUUACACUCCAUUAUCUAAACAAUAAGCAAGCAACUUUAGCCACAUUUAAGGAAACACAUAAGAGGAAAAACGCAGACUGAAGUACCAGCAUCACCAUGCCCAUUUGUGCUCACAGAUGCUACAUAGAACGCCAUGUUUAAUUGGCACAUGUUUUUACCAUAUUCCACCUUCAUAUGAAGCUAUUUUCUCCAGACUAUGCGCUUUUGCAUUCGUCCCAAAAAUGUUGUGAUAUGUGACAGAACACAAGUGAGCUUGUGCAAAAAGAACAAACUGGCAUGGCACACUGACAGGAAGCAAGGAAACAGGACGAGCAUUGCUAUUGGUACAAGAUCUACAGCAACACAUCAGAACAUGACAAUAGAGCAAUAUUAUUUAAGCAAAAGUGAGUACAGAUCUGAUAACUUAUUGAAGUAGAAACAUGGAUUUACCAUUUUUAAAACCGCAUAUUCAUGAACAAAAACAGCCAAACAUCAGGCACACAUACUGCAAUAUUGGAAGACACAAUUCUUCACUGGGUGCUAGUUCAACCACCGCACGUUGAAAUGUGUAAGAGCAGUUUAACCUGUGUAGCCUUCAGCAAGUGACAGCAAAGAAGACUAUCAGCAACAGGCUUCAUAUAUAGUGCUUGGAGUCUUUGACUCAAACCGUAAUACACUGUUAAAAUAAAGUUUUAGAGUUUGCUUGUUUCAUUCAGAAAAAAUGCAGUGUCUUGGUCAAGCCGCCACAGUUAACAGAUAAACUUGCACCAGCUACAUUGAGUCAAAGGAGAAAAUAACAAAGUAAGAAAGACAGAUGCACGGUGUGAAAGUGAUGCUGUUGUAUCAAGUAGCACAACUGCCCACUUAAGGCAUCAUUCAGCUGCUUUACAUGCCUCUGCAUACAGACUGAGAAGCUUUACCUCUUCACCAUCUGCUAGUGAAGCACUGUUUGUUCACUGUGCUCACCAGCUCAAGGCAGUCAUAUAGUUCAGUAGGGUCCUUCGCUACAUGUAGGGACACUGACCUGAAACCAUGCACAAGUCUUGUAAAAUAUUGUCAUGUUUUGCCUACCACGACUGUUCAUCAGCAGCUGCAUCACUACUGCCAACAUGCAGACCAUGCAAUUCCCCAAGCACUUGCU